CAUAAAUAUAAAAUACUUUAUUAUCUAGUAGAUAUUGAGGAAAUUGAGUGCGUUGAUGAUGAUGGACCAAGUACAGAUGAUAUUAACGAGGAUGAAGACAAUGAUGAAAAUGAUAACAAUAAAGAAAAUAAUUAUAGUUUCAACAGCAAUUAUUACAAGGUCAGGAAGAACGAGUUCAUCAAGAUCUCAUCUAACGGUAAAAUUGAAUCUCAUGAUAGUUACGUUCAAAGAUUCAGCAUAUCUGUAGAUAUCUGGGAGAGAAUAACAUCCGAUCAACAUGUAAAGAAAC